CCCCUUCUCCUGCACAUUCAGGCCUGGCUGUCUCUAUUUACAUAGACUAUCACCCCCUGAGGGGCACAUUACACUUUGUGCAGAAGGGGAGGGGGGCAGUUGUUUUUUCGCAGAAUGAUCCGUAACUUGAUAAGCUGCAGGGCCUCACAUUGGGCAAGGCUCUCUAUUUCUCUUCGUACCUACCACUCUCCCUCUCCCCUUCCACGCCAGCCAAUACCUGAUCUCUCCAGGACCCUCCGGUAUUACCUGCGCUCCCUUAAGCCUCUCGUCAGUGAUGACGAGUUAGAGAGUACACAAGAACUAGUAGACGAAUUCCUGCGUCCAGGAGGGCAGGGAGAGGAACUUCAGCGACAGCUGAGGAAGAGAGCCGAACGCACCGACAAUUGGAUGACGGACUGGAGACAGCAGUAUAUAUACCUAGAAAACCACCUCCCUCUUCCUGUGCAUUCUAGUCCGGCUGUUAUCUUACCACAGAGGGAAUACAGAGACUGGAAAGGGCAUCUACGGUUUGCAGCAAAAUUAAUCUCUGGAGUGCUUGAUUUCAAAGCAAAACUUGACAGUCCAGAAGGUCUUUCAGAAUUAUGGAGAGGACAUAGUCUCUGUCCAGAGCAAUAUUACAACUUCUUUGGGUCAUGUAGAGAGCCUGGAACCAAAAGAGACCGCGUGCUACUGCACUCACGGCACAAAUCUUCGUCCCAUCAUGUGACGGUCUGCAGAAACUUUCAGUUCUUCCAGAUAGAUGUGUAUAACAGUGACGGAUCCCCUCUUACGGAGAAUCAGAUUCACCAGCAGCUGCUGUUCUUGCGCGCUCACUCACACAAGACCGACAAGGUGCCAGUGGGUGUCCUCACCACUGACCAUCGAAAUAGCUGGGGACGGGCGUACGGCACCCUCAUCCGGGAUCGGCUAAACAGGGAGUCUGUGCACAACAUCCAGCAUAGCCUCUUUACUCUGUGCCUUGAUGCCACCGCGCUGAGGUACUCAGAGGAACUGUACAGCAGCCGGACAGCCGCGCAGAUGCUACACGGCGGUGGUAGCCAUGCUAACAGUGGCAACCGCUGGUUUGACAAAACUCUUCAGUUUGUGGUAGGGGAGGAUGGGACCUGCGGCCUGAUAUACGAUCAAGCAACGGCCGAUGCCUCAGCGGUGUUGACGAUGCUGCGUCAUGUUCUGGAUUAUUGCUCCAGGGACCCCUCUCUGCAGCCACCACGGUCCCCCAUAACUCGUCUGCCACCCCCAUUAAAGCUCUACUUCAACUUCCCCCCAGAGACCAAGCAGCACAUUGAGCAUGCCAAGCAAAACCUGGACAUAUUAGUGAACGAUCUGGAUAUAUGUUGCUUCUCGUUUCCUGAUUUUGGAAAACGCUUUCCCAAAAGACACAACCUAGGACCUGGAGCCUUCCUGCAGAUAGCACUGCAGCUGGGUUACUACAGGUUGCACGGAUGCCUUUGUGCCACGUGUGAGGGAAUAUCCCUACGUGCAUAUCAUCGCGGUCGUUUGGAUGUAGUACACUGCUCCUCCCCUGAAUCCUUGGAGUUUGUGCAAUCAAUGGAGGAUCCUACACGACAGGCAGAAGAGAAGCUGUCUCUAUUGAUCCGUGCCGUAAACGGUCAUAAAGAGACCACAGAGCAAGUAUUACAGGGACAGUCAGUAGAUGGCACACUACUUGCUCUGAAGAUGCUGUGUAUUUCAUCAGGCGUUGCGCUUCCGGCCCUUCUUAUGGACACAUCUUUUGCUGUGUCGUCUCACUGGAAGCUUUUCACAGGACAGGUGACCUCUCCCAUGGACUGUGUGAUCUGUUAUGGUCCUUUGGUCCCCGAUGGAUACAGCGUCUGUUUUGCACCAUCUCAGAACAGUAUUACCGUCUGUGUGUCGGCAUUUGACUGCUGCCAAGAGACAAAUGCGGAGAAUCUGUCUGAGAGCUUGCAGGAGGCUCUAAGAGACAUGCGGGCUCUCAUCCUAGAGUGCCGACCUGGAGAAGAGUAGUGGUGACUUGACUCUUUCAUUGCAUAUCUCACUACUAUGAACAUCAGAUUCCAGAGUUUUUAUGUCCCCUUUUUGAUGCAGGGACGGUCUCUUUCAGUCAAGAUAGGUCACUGUUUGAAAUGUCUCAAACACAUUUCCUCUUAUGGAUAUCUGUUUCAUUUAAGACAAGGGUCUCAUGGCUGCAAAAUAUCUGUGGGUGUUUCUAUGUCUAAAACGUCUUUUGAAUAAUACUAAAGCUUUAAAUAAAAUAAAAUCAGGUA